AUGACCGUUGGACCGAUCGCCUGUCAGAGCUGCGUCGCCAUGGUUGCCACUUUCCUUAACUUUAGCAGCUGCUUCUUCAAGCACAACAUUCUCCACAAGCGCCUAUGUCACCAAGGAGGCGCGGCGGACAGCGUUUGGACUUGCCGAGGAGCAGGUUCAAGAAGCUGAUGCGCCGGUAUCAGGCAAUCUCCCAUCUUGGCUUCGUGGAACCGUCGUUAUCAACGGCUGUGGCGACUAUCGUGGCAUGGAGCAUCUAUUUGACGGUUUCGCCUGCCUCACCCGCAUUCACUUAGACGGCCUGACGGGGCGUGCGACUGCCAGCCAGCGUUUCCUGGACACGGACGCGUACAGGAGCUUCCGGGAAACGGGUCGCAUGAAGUACCGCGAGUUCCAGACGCCGGUACCCGCCGACGGACCCGUGGGUCGCGCCCAGGCCGUGCUGGAGAAUAUCACGGCCCUGAUGAGCAAGGGCCGGGCCUUCACUGACAACGCAUCUGUCAACCUCAUCCCGCUUCGAGGAAAUAGAUUGUUGGCGCUUAGCGAGAGUCGUAGCGCUGCUUACAUCGUGGAUCCAGCCACCCUCGCAACCGUACGGCAGGUGGAGUACGACGACGAUUUGCCGGGUGACCUGACGACAGCCCACCCCAAGGUGGCACCCGACGGCUCCAUCAUCAACUUUACUCGCAGUUUACCGUUGGGCGGUUACCACGUGUAUCGGCAGGAUCCUGUAACCCUGAGACGCACGCGGAUUGCUUUCAUAGGCGACCGCGACCCGGUGGCCCCCUGCUGGGUUCACGACAUGGCCAUCACCUCCUCCUCCCUCGUGGUCGUGGAGCCCCCGCUAUUCUUUAAUAUGGCCUCACUAAUUAUCGGGACGAAGAGGCCGUACGCCUUCAUGGACUGGAAGCCGGAGGCCGGCAGCCGGGUCCACGUCAUCGCAUUGGAUGGCUCCGGAGUGGUGACCCACACGGCCCCCCCGUUCUUCACUUUCCACCUCGGCAACGCCUUCGAGCGCCCGUCUGGAACCAGCUCCGGAACCGAAAUUUGCGUGGAUUUUAGUGUGUACGAUGACCCUGAGAUCAUUAACGAUCUGUCCCUGGAUCGUCUUAAUGCCUUCCCGGGCAAAGACGUAUCACCCAGCCGGCUGAGGAGACUGGUCAUUCCGCUGCGGGAUGCUGCCAGCCGACCGGUGGGUCCAUCGGCAUUGGCGGCUCCCGUGCCGCUGCUUACCGACGAGGACGCGUACGGCAAUUUUUUCGAGUUCCCGGCCAUCAACCCACGAUUCCAGGGGAAGCCGUACAGGUACAUGUACGGCACCGCUGCCAUACGACCGACCAAUAUGGGCAACGCGCUGGCUCGUCACGACGUGGAAAAAGGGAGCAGUAUUGUGUGUUGCAUACCGGGAAGCAUGCCAGGGGAGCCCAUUUUUGUGCCGCGACCCGACGGGUCAGCCGAGGAUGACGGAGUGCUGCUGGCCCUGAAGAUCAUGCCAGGCGGCAGAAGCGUAUUGUGUGUGUAUGACGCAGCGGAUAUGAGCGGGCUGGCGAACGUGGACUUGCCGUUUAACGUGUCGUACCGAUUUCACGGCGCUUACGUGGCAGCGAAGGACUAA